GAGAGGGAGAGGGAGAGGGAGAAGGAUAGGGAGAGGGAUGUGAAUAUUUCUGGGGAGGAAGCGUGGAGACGGCGUGCUGCCAUGAGUGGAGGUGUUCCGAGGAGUUCUUCGCCACCCAGGAAUGGGGAUGGGUUUAGUAUUGGGACGUCAGGGACGGUGGGGUUGGGAGUUGGUGCUGGUGGACAAAUGACUGCGGCGCAGAGGAUGAUGGCGAAGAUGGGCUGGAAGGAAGGACAAGGAUUGGGGAAACAGGAGCAAGGGAUUACGACGCCAUUGAUGGCGAAGAAGACUGAUAGGAGAGCUGGGGUUAUAGUGAAUGCUAGCGAGAAGAAGGUGAAGAGUGUGAAUUUCAAUGGAACUCCUCCAACUCGGGUUUUGCUCCUUAGGAAUAUGGUGGGCCCUGGUGAGGUAGAUGAUGAACUAGAAGACGAGGUUGGAUCCGAGUGUGCGAAGUAUGGGACAGUCACUAGGGUUCUUAUAUUCGAGAUCACCGAACCAAACUUUCCUCGUGAAGAGGCAGUUAGAAUCUUUGUACAGUUUGAGAGAUCAGAAGAAACAACAAAAGCAUUGAUUGAUCUUGAUGGGCGGUUUUUUGGGGGUAAUGUGGUUCGUGCAAGGUUCUUCGAUGAGGAGAAGUUCAGCAACAACGAGCUGGCUCCUAUGCCUGGUGAAAUCCCUGGGUUUUGAUGGAUGAUUGAAUAACCUGUCGAGUUCCCUUCAGGAUCAUCAGGGAAGUCAUGGCGGACUCUUAUUUUGAUUCCCAUUUUACUGUGAGGAUUAAGCUAUGUUGUAAGUAGGUUCCAGCUUUGGGCUAGGAGGAGCGUAAACUGUGCUCCUACUGACAAUAACUAGUAGUUUGCAUGAAUGACUUUACGGCUUAUAUGAACGCUUGAGAAAUUAUUUUCUUCUGCUUAAACACUCACUCUUUGAUAAGGGACUAACUUAUACGUUCCUUGUGCCAA